AUGCAGCCAGAGCUUGCCGAAAGGGUGCGGAUCCACAUGGAAGAGGAGUCCUUUUCUGUGGACAAGAGCCUUCUGGUGGAGCACAGCGAAUACUUCCGGGCCCUCUUCCAAUCAGGCAUGCGAGAAAGCACACAGAAGGAGAUCCAGGUCCGGGACCUGAGUGCCGUGGGAUUCUCCAUCAUGCUGCAGAUCCUGCAGGGGGAGCACCCUCUGCUGAGCUGCGAGGAGAACCUGAAGCUGGUGGAGUGCGCCUCCUUUCUGCAGGUGAAAGCCGUGGCCAAGUACCUGAUCGCUUCCAUCAACUCGGACAACUGCUUCCUGCUCUACCAGGCAGCGGCCGUGUUCGGCCUCCUGGACCUCUUCCACAGCGCCGCACUGUACAUCCGCGACAGCUACUCCGACCUGGAGGAAGACCUGGACUGCCUGCCCCCGGACCUUCUGGGCUACGUGGAGUCCCUCCUCCCCAGCACGUUUGUGGCGGUGGGGGCUCACACGCCCACCUUCGAGUUCCUGGAGGAUGUCUCGCGCACCAUCUGCUACCUGGAUGAGGACAACAACCAGUGGCGGACCCUCUCCUGCUUGCCCCUGACUGCCACCACCUUCCUCGCAGGCAUGACCACGCUGGAUAACAAGGUCUACAUUGUGGGAGGGGUGUACGGGUACAACAAGCAGGUGGUGGAGCAAAGCUUUUGCUAUGACCCUGCCAGCAACAGCUGGAGCGAGUUCCCCAGCCCGCAGCAGCUCCGCUAUGACGUCACACUGACGGGCCAGGAAGGCCACCUGUAUGCCAUCGGCGGGGAAUUUGAGAAGACCCCGCUGAAGUCCGUGGAGAAGUUCGACCUGUCCAGCAAGACCUGGAGCUUCGCUUCCGACCUGCCCCAGGCGGCCGGAGCCGUGCCUUGCGCCCAGACCAUGGGGCGCAUCUUCGUGUGCCUGUGGAAGCCGCUGGACACCACGGUCAUCUAUGAGUAUGCACCUGCGAAGGACGAGUGGCUGCCCGUCUCAACCCUGAACAGGGAGCAGAGCUAUGGACACUGCAUGGUGGCGCACCGGGAUAACCUCUACAUCAUGCGGAACGGGCCGUUCGAUGAUUUCCUGAGGUGCGCCAUCGACCGCUUCAACCUCACCACGAUGCAGUGGACGGCCUUGCCCGGGCAGUACAUGAACAGCAAAGGGGCCCUUUUCACUGCCGUCAUCAGAGGGGACACUGUUUACACGGUCAACAAGAUGCUGACCCUGCUGUACAGCAUAGAGGGGAAUCAGUGGAAGUUCAAAAAGGAGCGGGCCGGCUUUCCAAGGAGCGGCUCGUUGCAAACCUUCCUCCUCAGGCUUCCGAGAACGGAUCACAGCAUUGCAACUUAG